CUUCAUUCCACAGAUGUGCUUUAACAAAGUGUGAAGCUGAACUCUGAGCUGUGACAGUGUGAGCAGUGUGAGAGUGUCAGUAGAUGAUCAGCAGAGGAAAGUGAGAGCUGCUGUGAGCUGAUGUCCUGAAGGGCUUUUAAAGAGUCUCUGAGUUUGACAGGAACAUGAAGAUGUUUGUGGUGUUUGUGAUCCUCCUGCACGUUUCCCAGCAUGCUCUGGCUGUGGUGGUGGAAGUGAAUGAGGGGGAAAGGUCUGUCCUACUAUCAUGUCUGUACUCAGAUUUUAUACCUGAGGACAAUCCCACAGUGAUGUGGACUCGUAGUGACCUUGAUCCCAAAUCUGUACACCAACGAGGAAAAGAAGGAGACGACCUCAAAGGACAAAACCAGCGUUACAGAGAACGUACAUCAAUGAGGCCUGAUGCUCUGGACUCUACAGACUUCAGCCUCACUCUGAAAAAACCAACAAAGACUGACAGCAGCAACUACAUCUGCUCCAUCAGUGAUGGAAGAGAGGAGCGGAGAGUCACAGACAUCCAGCUGAAGGUCAAAGACCACCAGGUGGAGGUGAAGGUGGAGGAAGGGUCAGAGUUUGUCACCCUGCCCUGCAAAACAACACCUGACCUGCCUGAGGACACCACAGUGGAGUGGACUCGCUCUGACCUCGGACUCAUGACGGUCCAUGUGUAUGCAAAUAGGAAUGAUGACCUUAUGACUCAGGAUGAAGUUUACAGAGACCGAACAAAGAUGAAUGACGACCUGCUGAGAACUGGAGACCUCAGCCUGACCCUGAAACAUCCCACAGAGAGAGACAGUGGAGGAUACAUCUGCACCAUCUACAGGGACAAAGACAUCCUGACACAGAAAGUUCUGCUGCGCGUCAAAGAACCAUUUCCAUCCUGGGCCACAGCUCUUCUGGUUCUCCUUGUUCUUCUUGUUUUUGGAGGCCUUUUAUAUCAUUUCCGGCAGUAUUGCAUGUCAGAUUACAAGGUGGAGGUGGAUUCAGGGGUGGAGUCUGUCCAGCUGCCCUGCAAAACUACAGUAAGAUUCCUCAAACACCCUAUCGUGGAGUGGAAGGACAAAAACAACAGGAAGGUCCAUGUGUAUGAGAACGGCUCUGACCACUCAGAUGAACAGCACCAGUAUUACAAACAACGAACGAAGAUGAAGAGCACAUUUCUGCUGAAACUUGGAGACGUCGGUCUGACCCUGAAACAUCCCACAGAUGAUGACAUCUCCACCUACACCUGCACCAUCAGCAGGAAGGGAAAAAUCCCGAAGAAUAAACAAGUGGAGCUCCAUGUCAGAGUCCCCCAGGUGGAUGUGGAUUCAGGAGUGGAGUCUGUCCUGCUGCCCUUUAAAACCACAAAAAACCUGCCUAAAGUUGCUAAAGUGGAGUGGAUGACCAGAUUUGACAGGAAGGUCCACGUGUAUGAGAACAGCUCUGACCAGCUUGAAGAUCAGUACCACCGUUACAGAGGACGAACACAGAUGAAUGAAGACCUGCUGGAAACUGGAGACCUCAGUCUGACCCUGAAAUACCCCACAGAUGGAGACAACUGGACCUAUACCUGCACCGUCUACAGCAGGGAGGGAAAAGAAAUCCUGAUGACAAAACAAGUGGAGCUGAAAGUAGCGGUGCAGGCCUUCAGUGAUGCCAAGCAGCUGUGA